GCGCGCUGGCCGCCGCCGUCCGCAUUCCUGCCGUCUCCGGGGGGGCGGGUCGCCACCGGCCCCGCCCCCGCCCAGAUUUCUCCCUCUUGGGAGCACCCCCGGAGUCUCCGAGGUUGGGCCCGCGCCGGCAGCCGAGCCUCAGUCGGAAUGGAGGGCGCCCAGGAGGACCCCGCAGAGUGUAGCUCCUCCGUCCCCAGGUUCGCAGAGGUGCUGCCUCCGGAGGAGUCGGGGGCGGCCCCCAAGAAACUCUGUGGCUAUUUAAGUAAAUUUGGCGGCAAAGGUCCCAUUCGGGGCUGGAAAUCCCGCUGGUUCUUCUACGACGAGAAGAAAUGUCACCUGUAUUACUCACGGACCGCGCAGGAUGCCAAUCCCUUGGACAGCAUCGACCUCUCCACUGCGGUCUUCGACUGCAAGGCGGACGCCGAGGAGGGGACUUUUGAAAUCAAGACUGCCAACCGGAUUAUUACCCUGAAGGCCGCCACCAAGCAAGUGAUGCUAUACUGGCUGCAGCAGCUGCAGAUGAAGCGCUGGGAGUUCUACAACAGCCCGCCUGCACCUCCCGCCGCCCCCGAUGCUGCCCUGGCUGGGAAUGGGCCCGCCCUGCGCCUCGAGCUAGAGCAAGAGGAAGCAGAGCCCGACGACUUCCUGGGCCCUGUGCGAACACCCCCUGGGCUCGUGGGUGUGGCAGCUGCCUUACAGCCGGUGCCUACCAUGCCCUUGGCCCUUCAGAAUAUUUCCCUCAAGCAUCUUGGAACUGAAAUACAAAACACGAUGUCCAAUAUUCGGGGCAACAGACAGGCCCAAGGAACGGGCCACGGACCUCUAGGGGAAGAUCCUCCACUGAGCUCGGAACCUCAGAGGGCGGAGCAGCCCUUACCCUCUGACCCCAGCACUCCAGGGAAAGAUCCAGCGGAUUCUCCGAAGCCUACACCCAAGUCCUCUCUGACUGCCAAUCUCAUUCAGAAAGCCAAGCGCCAGAACAACACCUUUCCGUUCUUUGCCGAUGGACUCACACGGUCCCGAACUGCCCAGGAAAAGGUGCUGGCCUUGGAGCAGCAGGUUCUGAUGCUCACCAAGGAGCUAAAGUCUCAGAAGGAGCUGGUCAGGAUCCUACACAAGGCGCUAGAAGCCGCCCAGCAGGAGAAGAGGGCGACCAGCGCAUACCUGGCCUCGGCAGGAGAAAAGGACCGGCUGGAGCUGGUGCGGCACAAGGUGCGACAGAUCGCAGAGCUGGGCCGGCAGCUGGAGGCCCUGGAGCAGGAGCGGGACAGCCUGGUGCAGACAGCCAGCCUGCGGGAGCAGCAGGUGCAGGAGCUGCAGCAGCACGUGCAGCUGCUCAUGGACAAGAACCAGGCCAAGCAGCAGGUCAUCUGCAAGCUCUCCGAGAAGGUCACCCAGGACUUCACGCACCCCCCUACCCAGCCGCCCGUGCUCCCCGGGGCUGCCGACAGGGACCUCCUGAGCCAACAGGAGAAGAUGGAGCAGCUGAAGGAUGACAUGGAAGCAUAUCGGACCCAGAACCGCUUCCUCAAUUCCGAGAUCCAUCAGGUCACAAAGAUCUGGAGAAGGGUGGCUGAAAAGGAGAGGGCCCUCCUGAUGAAGUGUGCCUACCUCCAAGCCAAGAACUGCCAGGUGGAGAGCAAGUACCUGGCCGGGCUGCGGAGGCUGCAGGAGGCCGUGGGGGGUGAGGCCACUGAGUGCUCGGAGCUGCUGAGACAGCUUAUCCAGGAGGCGCUGCAGUGGGAAGCCGGGGAGGCCUCAGCCGAUGGCGUGGAGCUGAGCCCCAUCAGGGAGUAUGAUGAGUAUGGCUUCCUGACGGUGCCCAACUACGAGAUGGAAGACCUGAAGCUGCUGGCCAAGAUCCAGGCACUAGAGGUGCACUCACACCACCUGCUGGCUCACGAGGCUGUGGAGCGGCCGCUGCGGGAGCGCUGGGCUGCCCUGAGUGAUCUCGCACCCUCGGUGGAGCUCAAGCAGCUGCUGCGGGCAGGUGUGCCCCGAGAGCACCGGCCGCGUGUCUGGAGGUGGCUGGUCCACCUCCGCGUCCAGCAUCUGCAGAGCCCCGGCCGCUACCAGGAGCUGCUGAGCCAGGGCCAGGUCCGCGAGCACCCUGCUGCCCGCCAGAUUGAGCUGGACCUGCACCGUACCUUCCCCAGCAACAAGCACUUCACCUGUCCCACCUCCAACUUCCCCGACAAGCUGCGCCGGGUGCUUCUGGCCUUCUCCUGGCAGAACCCGACCAUCGGCUACUGCCAGGGCCUGAACAGACUGGCAGCCAUUGCUCUGCUGGUCCUGGAGGAGGAGGAGAGUGCCUUCUGGUGUCUGGUGGCCAUUGUGGAGACCAUCAUGCCGGCUGAUUACUACAGCAAGACGCUGACAUCAUCCCAGGUGGACCAGCGGGUGCUCCAGGACCUCCUCUUAGAGAAGCUGCCCAGGCUGAUGGCUCACCUGGGCCAGCACCGCGUGGAUCUCUCCUUCAUCACCUUCAACUGGUUCCUCGUGGUCUUUGCAGACAGUCUCAUCAGCAACAUCCUUCUCCGGGUCUGGGAUGCCUUCCUGUAUGAGGGCACCAAGGUGGUAUUCCGCUAUGCCCUGGCCAUUUUCAAGUACAACGAGGAGGAGAUCCUGAGACUGCAGGAUGGCCUGGAGAUCUACCAGUACCUGCGCUUCUUCACCAAGACCAUUUGCAACAGCCAGAAGCUGAUGAAUAUCGCCUUCAACGACAUGAACCCUUUCCCUAUGAAGCAGCUGCGGCAGCUGCGGACGGCGCAUCGGGAGCGGCUGGAGGCUGAGCUGCACGAGCUGGAGCGGCUGAAGGCCGAGUACUUGGAGACUAGGAACUCCCAAGACCCAGCUGUGCCAGAGGGUUGCACCAGUGAGGACGAGGGGGAGGGGGGACCCUGACUUGGCCACCUGCCCUCUCCGAAGCCCUUUCUCCCCUUUGGCCAUCAGGCCCCCAGGAGGAUGGCCAUGGGGUGGUGGUCCCACCCGUGAGCCCCAUCACCACGUGACGUGGGGCAAGCCCCUUCCCCUCUCUGGGCCUCAGUCUCCCCGUCACGACACUGUCUGCCAUGUAGCCAUUGGUUGGGUCAUCCCCUCGUGAGCACAUACCCAGGGAUGCCACCCCUUUCUCACUUCUUCCACAGAGCACUUUAGCACAGACGAGCAAGAAUAUGCUGUCUCAGAGGGUAACCUGAACAUUCUUUAAGUUUUACCUGUAUAAAACAAUGGAAAUA